AUGAUGUCAGCCAACUCGACCGCUUCGUCCGAAUCUCCGACUCAGAAAAUUUCCGAAGUUCCCGAACUAGUUUUCAAUGAAUGCAGACAAGAUACCACCGACUACAAGCAGCUCGUUGCAUACGCUCAAGAACUCGGCGAGCUCGUCAACCUCGAGAUUCACGUUGCCAAUAGAAAGGCCAAAGACAUCGCCUCUCGAGUGGCGUCACCGAGGGCUGUAUCAUCUGAUAACGUAAAUAAUGGACAUACCCGCUCCAAUACCGCUGGGGUGUCACCCGGCUAUGCUCACACAGCAGGCGAGGCAACAACUAUCAUCCGUAGGGAACUGGAUUCAAACAGUUCGCUAUCGGAUGGUCGACGGCGCGUGUUGGAAUCGGCCUUGUCUUUGAUCGGUCAUUUCAAAGAUACCUCGCAUCCAGUUGUCAAUACAAACUAUGAUUCAGACCCGGAGGAUGACCAGGUUUCGGGUCAAAUUCCCUCUGAGCUAUUUUUAAUGAUGCUAUAUACUACACCAAAUUGCUCUAGUUCGUUCAGUCUAUUCUGGCCUGAUCAUAUACCCCAAGAAAAGUUUGAGCACAUGUGUUUGACUUUACUUCAUGGAAAAGCCACUGGCCAAAUAGCAUGCCAUUAUGAAAUAUCCGUGCUUGCGAGGGCAGUCAACUACUUCAAUCGCUGGAUGAGGGUUUCCAAUUCAAGUGACCUUUCUAAAGCUCUGGAAGAGUCCAAAAAGAAGUACACGGCUGCCGGUCUAAGAGCCCUUCGACGGUUGAAUGUUUUAAACAGUCCCAGUUUGUCACUACUCCAGACCUUAGUCUCAGGAGCACAGCUACUUCAACUUCUGGGUGAUGCCUCUCAGGCCUGGACCCUCACAUCAUUUGCAUCCAGAGUAAUGGUCGCUUUGGGCUAUCACAACCUAAAUUCCCAGGCAUUGAAGGAACACGAUAACUCCGCAGAAAUCCGACAUUGUACAUACUAUUGCUACUACCUAGACAAGGCUUUGAGUAUGCUUCUGGUCCGACCCCCAUCCUUACCUGAUCUGAAUGUCGACCCGGUCUCCUUGAUUGAGCUAAAAUAUACCGAGCCUCUUAAAAUCAAAAUGGGAAUACUCCUGAAGCUGUCCCACGUACAGGAUGGAGUGAUCUCGCUUCUGAUCAAGGGGGACAAGUUGACAGAAGCCGAGGCCUCGUCAUCUAUUCCUGCCUUGAAGUCGGAAUUGCAGGACAUAUGGAAAGAGUCGUGUGAGGCACGCUUCCAUACGAGCGAUACACCUGAAUGGCGCCAUGAAUGGGAUGCGCUUGAUUUUACUUACCAUGCUAUUGCCACUACAGUGCUUCGACUGAAUUCCACUUCUUUCCAUGACCAUCAAAUCAGAGAACAGUGCCUAUUGCACGCACGCAAGGCAUUGACUGCCAUAAGUGCAUUGCUCAAUCACAUUCUAGAUGGGCAACGAUUGAACAUGGAUUUUCUCUUUUGGACCAUCCUUCUCUAUCCAUUGACACCAUUUUUCAUCAUAUUCUGCAACGUCCUUGCAACAUCCAACGAGCAAGACUAUCAUACUCUGACUCAGAUAAUGACUGCUUUGUCGCGAAUCAAGGACAACAAUUCUUUUGUAUUCGCUCUUUACGGCCUACUGUCGCAAUUUAUGGAUCUAUGUGGCCAGCUCGAGGCCUUUGUGGAGAAUAAUACCACAACAACCGAUGUGCUUAAUUCUGUCUCACAUAGCCCCGAGAGAUAUCGAUCAUUUCAGCCGCAAUAUGAGGAAUCAAUAUCAUAUGGACCCCAAUCAAGGAACUUCUGGGAUAUGCACAAUUUGAACGAGGGCACAGAGGGAGGACUAUCCAUGGCGGAUGAGGAGUACACGGGUGGAUUGGGACAAUUGCGACCUUCGAUGUGGGAUGACAAUUUGAUAUGUACUCGCUUGCAGCUCUCAUGUCCUGGUUAUCAGCAGCGGUUCCGAUGGUCGACAAAGUAUGAGGUCCUCAUGAAGGGUCGGACAAGUUCACAGCGCAACUUUCGCUCUGCGUCGAGCACACCGGUCACGCCGGCUGCAGAUUUCAACUCAGCGGAAGCAGAUACCUCGUCUGGUAUAAAUUAUGAAGCUACAGAGAACCUACCUGACAACGAGGAAUUACAUUGGGGCACCAUCCCCUCCUUGGAUGAGAUCGAUUUGGAUGGACUCGGUACAUUGUUUCCACGGAGUCUGGGUGCAGAAAGCCCGGUGUCUUCCUUACAAGACCAACAAUCCACAGGCCUUGCAGCUGCCAUAGAUAGGCUGGAUCAUGCUGAUCUCGCUAAUCACGUCGAGAUGCUGACGACCUCUUUUGCGGCACCUUCAACUAAUUCAACUCUCGAGCUACGGAGGGACAGUACAUGGAACCAAACCCCACCGACGAGGCCACUGGUUUCAUUAGAAUCGUCGCUCGUGGAGUACUAUUUCCAGCAUGUGGCCACUAUAUACUCGUCUUUCGAUGGAAGCAUGAAUCCAUUUCGUACGAUGGUUGGGCGUGUCUGGGCCUCAUCUCAGGUAUUGACGUGGACCCUUCAGAGUAUGGCAGCUGCCUGUCUCGCUCGCGAUUUUCCACAUUUGAAAUCGCAAGGCGUAGCGCUGCGACGGCAGGCAUUGAAUGCCAUUGAAGACGAGGCAAUUACCGGGAGGACUACUGAAAUGUCUCUUUUAUCCCUCAUUAUGCUAGGGCAAUCUGCUAGUUGGCAUCUGCAAGCAGAUGUAGGCCUGUCACAGUACCGACUCGCUAAGAAGAUUAUGGCGAGCGGACAGCGUCGCAACAAUAUGACAGAAGAUUUUAGCUCCCCGGGGCGAAACUCGGUGUUUUUUCAACAGUCCUUGCAUUACUGGAAGAUGCUACUUUCAUUCGUCACCCCCUUGGAUGAUCCCGCGUGUCCUCUAGGAGAACCCCAAGGUCUGAGUUUACCCUUGCAGAUGAUUCCUCAUCCCUGGGCAAUAAUUGCGCCAGACUUAAUGGAGCGGAUCCAUGAGGUAGGUCGGCUUGUAUACAAGCACAGACGCAUGACAAUGGGAUCAAAAUUCUGGCGACGAACAGACUUCGCCAUAUUACAAGAUCUGAUUCAGGACGUUGGACCCAUAGAGGCUUAUCUACUGAACUAUCAACUCCCCGCACAAGAGGAUAUUGUUGAUCCACGCGAUGAUACAACGCCCGUUUCGCACUUCUUGUCAGUUGCUCAGGCAUACCGACUUGUCGCCCUACUUCAAAUCUACCGAAUAUUCCCGGACAUCCUCGACAAGCGUCUCACGUCGGAAACCCCAGCACCUGCCUUUGAAGGUCUGCCGAAACCCUCAUCAAACAGUGCUGAGCAAUGGAUGCAACAUCUUGCCAUGCAUACCGUUCGCAUCCUUCGCAAAGUACCAUUCGAGUCUCAUACUCGCUCGAUACAGGCCUUCCUUCUCGUAGCCUUGUCGAGCGAGCUGCGGUCUCCGAUGAUUCCCGACGACAUUAACAAUGUGACCAAUGAGAUGUUGGAGAUCACCGAAGCCCGGAAAUUCAUUCGUGGCAGGCUGGAAGUCUUUCGAUAUGUCUUUGCUCCGCAGCCCGCGCAGCGUAAACUUGACAUUGUCCUGAAGGCUUGGGAGCAACUGGAUAGGGGACUGCCGAAUGUGUACUGGAUGGACGUGAUGAUCGAGAAUGGAUGGGAGAUUUUGUUUUGUUGA